AUGGAUCAGGAGCUGGAUCACACCAUGUGGCAGUCGGGUGCCCACCCGGAAGCUCCAGGGCCACAGACCUUCAUCGAUGUUGCCGGGAGAUCGGGAAGCACGCCCGAGUGUACUGCAAAUAAUCUUCCAAAAGCCAUUGCCGCCGCUCACACCUUUCUACUGAAGCAUCCAGAUGACGAAAUGAUGAAGAGAAACAUGGCAUACUACAAGAGCCUGCCUGACGCCGAGGACUACAUUAAGGACUUGGAAACCAAGUCCUAUGAGAGCCUGUUCAUCCGAGCCGUGCGAGCCUACAACGGCGAGAACUGGAGGACCUCGGUCACGGACAUGGAGCUGGCGCUUCCCGACUUCUUCAAGGCGUUUUACGAGUGUCUGGCGGCCUGCGAGGGCUCCAGGGAGAUCACGGACUUCAAGGACUUCUACCUUUCCGUUGCAGAUCAUUAUGUAGAAGUCCUGGAAUGCAAAAUACAGUGCGAAAAGAACCUGACCCCCGUUGUAGGAGGCUACCCAGUGGAGAAGUUUGUGGCCACCAUGUAUCAUUAUUUGCAGUUUGCUUAUUAUAAAUUGAACGACCUGAAGAACGCGGCCCCCUGUGCGGUCAGCUACCUGCUCUUUGACCACAGCGACAAGGUCAUGCAGCAGAACCUGGUGUAUUACCAGUACCACAGGGACAAGUGGGGCCUCUCAGACGAGCACUUCCAGCCCAGACCUGAAGCAGUUCAGUUCUUUAACGUGACUACGCUCCAGAAAGAGCUGUAUGACUUCGCUAAGGAGAACAUAAUGGAUGAUGAUGAAGGCGAGGUUCUGGAGUACGUCGAUGACCUCCUGGGGCUGGAGGAGACCGGCUAGUCUGCAGCGAAGAGGUGGCCCAGAUGUCCCGGAGACGGACUCUUCCCGCUUGCCCCGGGGGCCCGCGUUGUUGAUACCUCAACGCCUUCUCUUGACUCUGGGAAGUGAAAGGGGAGCCCCAGCUCUCACCACAUAAAUACGGGGUGAGCCCGCCUUCCCCGGGACCACACCUGCCUCCUCACCUUCUUCCCAUGUUCACGCCCGUGCCCCUCCCCGUCUUCACACCUGUCUUCUCCGUGCUCACACCUGCCUCUCUCACUGUUUUGGUUGAAAGCGCAGUCUUCCAUUCCCUGCCCCAUCCAGAAAAAUCACCAUUAUUUUUUUUUUAAUAAGAAAAAUACUCCUAAAAUUAGAUUAUGGUGAAAACCUAUUUUGGGCCUUGUGCCCUUCCGGGUUUUAGGCUCCAUUAUCCCCGUGCCCUGACCCAGGAGAGGCAGUGGAAGCACAGGCCAGGCUUCCCCGCCCCCCGUGACAGCGCUCAAGUGGUCUGACCCGCCUCAUUCUGGCGCCCACCGAGAGAGGCCGGGCAGAUAGUACAGACGCCAGAAACAUGGCUUUGGCCCAACGCGUCUGCGUGUCCAAAGUCUUACAAUGGUUGGCCAGUCCCUCUCGGGGACCAUAGUCGGUUACAAGUCUCAGAGUUGGAACUGGAAGGAAGCAGAGGGAGUCUGGCUUCAUUCCUUUUUCUCAAUAAAUACUUAUUGAGCACCUACUACAUGCUAGACGUUGACCUGGGCACUGGAAACACUGUGCAGAGUGACAGGAAAAAACUCCCUGCCCUCUGGAGCCUAUGUCUUCUAAGGGAGACAGGCAAAUAAAUAAAAACAAAUGUAUAUAAA